GUUCAAGGCUAAAUCAAAGGCUCCAGAGCAUUUUAUUCAGUCUAGUUUAUAGCAGCAGGAGAACUGAAAAUGGAUAAACUGCCAUUGAUGUUACUCUAUCUGUGUCUGCUAAUUUAUGUCAGGCCGACAGAACAGGGUAAGAUCAUCGUAUUACCCAUGUUAAAUGGGUUCAGCAGUCGACUGAUGAAUGUUGUGAAACUUGCAAAUAUGUUAGAUAAUGAUGGACAUAAUGUCACGAUAGUUUUUGACACAAAUAUGCUGAGAAAUCCUAUGUUUAAGAAUGUUAAAAUCAAUACAGGAGUGCAGUCUUUUGCAUUUGAGAGAACACAAGAACAGCAAUUUAACAUCCAGAGUGACGCAUUCUUGAAGAGCUGUGGAGCUGCAGGAUGGAGGCCUACUGCAUUGGUGGCUGCAUCUGUUGGUGUUCUAGAUGAGGUAGAGGCUUUUAUGAAAAGUGAUGAGCUGUGGGAUUUAGUUGACAAAGGUGACUUUGAUUUGAUUCUUGCCGAUGACAUUCUGUAUCUUUUGAUAGGACAAUUUCUUCACAGAGUGUAUCAUAUUCCUGUUGCCUUGUAUAUAAACUGGGGGCCAUUUUCCAUGCCGGCUGUACUCCCUCCACAUAACCUAGCAUACAUGCCGCUUCAUUUCUCGGAUUAUUCUGAUUCAAUGACCUUUUUUGAACGAUUGCAAAAUGUUUAUGAAGCAUAUACUUAUGAACAUUUAGUUGCUGACUUCAUUGACAAAGCUGAACAAAUUGCACUGGACAACAAGCGGAUACCUACAAAGCUUCCAAUUCUGGAUUACAUAAGAAAUAUCUCAUUAAUAUUCGUUAAUGGGAACAAUGCUUUCUUUCACCCAAGGCCAUACUUUCCUAAUGUUAUAGACAUACAAGGAUUUGCAAUGGAGGAGAGCAAUUUUCAACCACUCAGUAAAGAACUACUCGACAUUAUCACAGAAUCCAAAGACAAUGGUCUCAUAAUAGUAUCCUUUGGAACAUUAUUUCGAUCCCUCGGGCCUGAAAAGAAUGAAAUUCUCGCCGCUGCAUUUGCUGAAAUGAACCAGACAGUUUUGUGGAGUUUUGUUGGAGAACCACCUUCUAAUCUUGGCCAAAACACAAAGUUACUAAAAUGGAUACCACAGCAAGAACUUCUAGCUCACCCAAAAACAAAACUAUUUGUUACCCACUGUGGAGGUUCGGCAUCGAAGGAAACAAUACACCAAGGUGUCCCAAUUGUAGGCUUGCCGAUUUUCUUUGAUCAUCAUAUCCACUGUCGAUUGUUAUGCGAGCGAGCAAAGAUUGGAAAACGCCUCUCUUUUCAAGAUCUAGACACAAAGAGUGUCGUCACUGCCAUGAAAACUGUACUUCAUAACCAGGCCACAUACAAGGAAAAUGCCAAGAAAAUGUCACAGCUUGUGCGAGAUGUUCCAAUCCCUCCCAGAGACAAAUUUCUGUACUGGGUGAAAUAUGUUAUAAGACACAAAGGGGCGAAACAUUUGACGUCGCAGGCUAUGUAUGACUUGAAUUUUUUUCAAUAUUUCUUACUUGAUAUAGCAGCAUUUGUUAUUUCUAUUAUAACCAUAUGGUUGGUUAUAACUCUGUUGAUAUGUCGUUAUUUACUGAAGUUACUUAGGAAAGAGAAGAUUAAAGUUGAAUAGUACCCAGUAACCUUUGACACUUCAGUACAUAAAAAUGGGCACAGGUCUUCUAAGUGUAUUCGAUAGUGCACAGAUGUGAUACUGUCUAUAUAUCAAGUACUACUAUUACUACCCUAUUGCACGAGACUUAUAGUACUAAUUCUAAAUGAGAAAUGAACAAGAAAAUCACUGUGCUACAAUAAAACCUAAGUAAACGGAACACCCCUGUUCCACUAAGCAUCCAUCUUAGGAGUUGUUCCUCUAUAAGGGUUCAACUAAAAUCAUUUCAAUGGUUAUAAUACAAAGGUGUCCCACAUAUACUAUAUAUAAUAUAUGCAUACUCCUACCUCAUAUAUACAUGUAUGUAAAGUAGAAUUUCAAUGGUAACAUUUACAGAGAUGUCCAAGAUCUACAAGAUAUUGUAUACUCCUACCUCCCAUAUACAUGUAUGUAGAGUAGAAUUAUUUCAAUGGUAACACUUACAGACAUGUCCCACAUCUGCAAGAUAUUGUAUACUCCUACCUCCCAUAUACAUGUAUGUAGAGUAGAAUUAUUUCAAUGGUAACACUUACAGACAUGUCCAAGAUCUACAAGAUAUUGUAUACUCCUACCUCCCAUAUACAUGUAUGUAAAGUAGAAUUAUUUCAAUGGUAACACUUUCAGACAUGUCCAAGAUCUGCAAGAUAUUGUAUACUCCUACCUCCCAUAUACAUGUAUGUAAAGUAGAAUUAUUUCAAUGGUAACACUUACAGACAUGUCCAAGAUCUACAAGAUAUUGUAUACUCCUACCUCCCAUAUACAUGUAUGUAGACUAGAAUUAUUUCAAAGGUAACACUUACAGACAUGUCCAAGAUCUACAAGAUAUUGUAUACUCCUACCUCCCAUAUACAUGUAUGUAGAGUAAAAUUAUUUCAAUGGUAACACUUACAGACAUGUCCAAGAUCUAUUAUAUAUAAUAAAUAGUAUACUCCUACUUAACAUAUACAUGUAAUAGACAGCUUGCAUAACACAGCAUAAUCAUAUCUUAUGUAUUAAUGAAUAAAACAACAAAAAGGAAAUUGAUAGAAUUAUUUUUUUCAAAUAGGGACCCGAGCUUGAACUUUUAAUUCAAAAGAGGGCUCAAAUGUUUGCUUGUUUGACCCUUUAGCAUGAUAGGUUGCAUAUAUAAGUUUACGGUAAAUGCAUAUUUGAAUGGUCUAUGCUCAGUAAAAAUUUGGUAUAUUGUAUUAGAGAAAUAAACUUUUGACAUAUGUUAAAAAUACUUGACUUUUUUAACCACCUUGCACAUUUAAAUAUUUCAGAUGUUGCUCUUCUUGCCUCAUUCAAACAUUACAAUUUAUUCAUCAAAAGUAUAAAACAUUUAACCUUUUUUGUAACCAUCACUUUAAAAGUUGGCCAAUGCUCAAUAGAAAUCCCCUUUGAGUAAAUUAAGUGGUCAUAGUACUAAACUUCAAAGUACCCUUUGUUACACAUACCUGCCAACCUAAGACCAAAA